UUAGACAGUCUCGUUCUCCAGCUCUCAGAAGCUGGCUGCUGAUCCAAGUCCUCCGCACGAAACCACAGUUCUCUCCUGAAACCAACUCUCAGCGAGUUCCAUCAAAUAAGAUUGGGUUGUGUCUAUAAAACACACAAUGGCACCAAAGAAGAAAAGCACAAAGAAAAACAAGACAGAAAAGAAUGAAUUACCAAAACUAAGCAUUGUUGAGGACACAACCAUUGACAUCGAUCAGUUGAACCACCUUAACACGCUCUAUGAUAGUGGAUCAAAUGGGUUUCGAUGCACAGCCACAGAAGUCUCCAAUCCUAAUCAUGGCAAUAUCCUUUUGGAGGAAAUCAGCAGGAUGCGCCAGGAGAGACUGUUCUCUGAUCUUAUACUAUCCACUAAAAAUAAAUCCUUUGAUGUCCAUAAAGUGGUGAUGGCUGCAUGUAGUGAUUAUUUCCGUAACAUGUUGAAAAAAGAUCCUUCAAUUCAAUGUGUUGAUGUUAAUGACGUUUCACCUUUGGGUUUGACCACUGUGAUAACCUAUGCCUACACAGGGAGACUCAGCUUGUCUCUUUAUACCAUUGGAUGUACCAUUGCCACUGCCACCCAGUUUCAAAUGUGUACCUUGAUCAAUUUGUGCACUGACUUCCUCAUCCAAGAAAUUAAUGUGGAAAACUGCAUGUACAUCUCAAAUAUUGCUGGGACAUAUGGAUUAAAUCAGGUGAAAGAGUCAGCAAAGAAAUUCAUCCGAGAAAAUUUCUUGGAGUUUUCAGAAAAUGAUCAGUUCAUGAAACUGACAUAUGACCAAAUAAGUGAUUUGUUGAUGGAUGACAGCCUGCAACUACCCUCUGAGCUCACUGCAUUUCAAAUUGCUAUGAAAUGGUUGCAAUUUGAUUCUAAAAGGGUGAAGCAUGCAGCUGACCUGUUGAGUAAUAUCAGAUUUGGUACCAUUUCAGCUCAUGAUCUAGUCAGUUAUGUUCAACCUAUCCCAUGCAUGAUGCAAGAUCCAGAUUGCCAUCGACUCCUGGUUAAUGCCAUGAACUACCACCUCUUGCCUCAUCAACAGAACUCAAUGCAAUCAAGAAGAACAAAGCUCAGGGGAGGACAGAAGGUUCUGCUAACCGUAGGUGGUCGACCAGCUUUGACUGAGAAGGCUUUGAGUAGAGAUAUUUUAUACAGAGAUCCUGAAAAUGGAUGGAACAAACUUGCAGAAAUGCCGGCCAAAAGCUUCAAUCAAUGUGUAGUUGUGAUGGAUGGCUUUUUAUAUGUUGCUGGUGGUGAGGAUCAGAAUGAUGCCAGAAACCAAGCUAAACAUGCUGUCAGCAGUUUAAACAGAUAUGACCCUCGUUUCAACACAUGGUUUCAUUUAGCCAGCAUGCUUCAGAGGCGAACCCAUUUCAGUAUGUGUGCUUACAAUGGCUUGCUUUUUGCAAUUGGUGGUCGGAACUCAGAUGGUCCUCUUUUGUCCAUGGAAUGUUACAUCCCUUCCACUAACCAGUGGCAGAUGAAGGCUCGGAUGGAUGUUGCCCGCUGCUGCCAUGCUUCUGCUCUUAGCGAUGGCAAGAUCCUGAUAACUGGUGGCUAUAUCAACAAUGGUUACUCUCGUACAGUGUGCACUUAUGAUCCAACAACAGACACUUGGAAAGACUAUGCUAGUUUGAGUACACCCAGAGGUUGGCACUGUGCAGUCACUCUUGGUGAUUAUAGCUACGUGAUGGGGGGCAGUCAGCUUGGGCCGCAAGGUGAGCGGGUUGAUGUGAUAACAGUUGAACGCUACAAUGCUUAUAAUGGGCAAUGGAGCUACGUAGCUCCUUUAUCAAUCGGUGUAAGUACAGCUGGUGUAACAAUCCUGAAUGACAGAAUUUAUCUAGUUGGAGGUUGGAAUGAAAGUGCAAAGAAGUACAAGAGCUGCAUCCAGGUCUACAAUCCAGAUCUGAAUGAAUGGACUGAUGAGGAUGAGCUACCAGAAGCCACGGUGGGUGUCUCUUGCUGCAGCAUUAUGUUGCCCAACAACAAACUUCGAGAGUCCAGAGCUAGUUCUGUGGCAUCUGCAGCAAUCAGUAUCUAAUGAGCAGCAUAUCUAAAAUUUUAAGAAACUCUUAUACAACCAGAUUUCAAAUGUAAACCCCAGUAUCACCACCCAGUUCUUUCAUUCAUAAAGGCCUUACCACACAUUUUCCCUGACAAUGUCUAGAAAAACUUGCAUUAUUGGUUUCAUGGCAGAGUGGGCAGCAGCUGGUUAACUUUGUCUCAUAGCAUUUUCCAGAUGGAUAUCUUUACAGAUGCGUUCUACAAAUAUUUUUACAAUUACCCCAAAAUCUCUAAACUGGUGCACUGAAUUUUGUUUUUACAAAAAAAAUUUUGUCAAAUGUUUCCAUGAAGAUAGUGCUUCUUAUAAAUGUCAAUACAAGUGGCCAAGAUACAUCAAUAUUCUAAUUCAACCAAAAAAACAUUGUUCACUGGAUGCAGUAUUAGAUUCCCUACAGUGUGGAAACAGGCCCUUCGGCCCAACAAGUCCACACCGCCCCUCCGAAGAGUAAUCCACCCAGAUCCAUUUCCCCCUGACUAAAGCAUCUAACACUAUGGGCAAUUUAGCAUGGCCAAUUCACCUGACCUGCACAUCUUUGGAUUGUGGGAGGGCACCGGAGCACCUGGAGGAAACCCAUGCAGACACAGGGAGAAUAUGCAAACUCCACACAGACAUUUGCUAGAGGCUGGAAUCGAACCUGGAACCCUGCUGCUGUGAGACAGCAGUGCAAAUCACUGAGCCACUGUGCUGCCGUGAUGGUCACUUUCUAUCCAUCAUGUAAUUGAUUUUAUUACGAUCUGACAUGCUCUGAAGAAUGAAAACAGUUAUAUUUCUAGACUUCAGAUUCAAUAAAGUUGCAUCAACACUGACAAGUCUGAAAGAGGAACAAAAUGAAGAAUACCUUCAUUAAAAACACCAAUUUUAUUGCAUUUCUCAUUUGAAAAAUAAGAAAAGGAAUUUGUCAACUCUCUUCUCCUUUACUAUCAUGUCUUGAGAUAAAGUGAAUGUUGUACACAAAAGGUAAGGAAAUGUUCUGUUGAUUUAAGGGUGGCUGUGCCUCAUCUAAAAGCUUCUUUAAGUGGUUUGCUAAACACUUGAAACAACUUCACCAAAAAACAAUCAAAAGCUUUUGAAGUACCACUUCUGUAAUCAUCUUGAUUUGUUAAUUCACCAAAGUAGGAAGUGGAAGUCCAACAAAUUUAACAAAUGAGUUGUCACUUUUAACUUUGAUUCUUAUCAAGAUUGCUUUAAAAAGACAAACAUUGAAGUAUCAACAUUUUAGUGUUAGCUGUAUGAAGGUAAAAGCAAAAUUUUCAGAUUACUGCAGUGACCAUGAGAGUAACAAGAGGGAGUGUUUGGAUUAUGAAAAUACCUAGUGCCAAAAAAAUUAGCAAAGUUGAAGAAGGUUGUAAGUAGAAAUUUGAGGUAGUGGCAAUAAUGGAAUUUUGUAACUCUUGGUUUAAGGAAAACAGCAAUCUGUAGUAGAUAAACCUCAGAUCUUGACUAAAAUUUUGUAAUUAGAAAUUUUCUUUUCACCUUUGUGAGGAUUUGCGUCUUCAUCUUCCACAUUGUUUUAAAAUUUUUUAAAAAUCUGCUGUUUCAAAUUGUUGUCAAAAAUCAAAUCCAAGUUCUCUGGAUUAUAAACUAAAACAACUUAUCAAAUGAAAAAAGAAAUAGAUCUGCAAGUAAAACGAUAGGACAAGCUGGAAGGGUCAUAGACCUGAGAUUUAACUUCCCUUUAUCUCUGGUUUAUCACACUGCAAAAAGAAUUGGGAUGUAGUUCUGGAGGUUUAUUCCAUUGGCAAAAUUAAAAUGAAAUGUAGCAACUGGGCAAUGCAGCAAGGUAUAAAAGUAGUUUGGAUAACAAUGCACAAGAAUAGAAAAGGAGGUGGAGAAGGACAAGAGGCAAAUUAAUACUUCUAACAGUCUUCCAGCUAUAAUAUGUCUGCCCAAGACUGAGACAAAUCACUAAGUCAGGCAUUUGACUAUUCAGCCCACAUAAGUUUGUUCAAAGUAGUUGUUUAAACAUCACACUUCAGACUACAGGGUCAAGUUAAAUAGCUCACAGAUAAACAAUUAGACAGAGGGCCUAGCAAUGUAGAGAAGGGGUAUAAAUUAUGACUUGGAGAUGCCGGUGUUGGACUGGGGUGUACAAACUUAAAAAUCACACAACACCAGGUUAUAGUCCAACAGGUUUAAUUGGAAGCACACUAGCUUUCGAAGCGCCACUCCUUCAUCCUUCAACCACCUCAUGGAGUGGCACUCCGAAAGAUAGUGUGCUUUCAAUUAAACCUGUUGGACUAUAACCUGGAGUUGGGUAUAAAUUAGUAAGAGGCACUACUGGCAUCAUUCCAGUUGUCUUGAAUCAGAAGUGGCAUUAAUAUAAAUGGUGGCCAGGGCUUGAGCAAUGAUUGACCUUCAUCAUCUUCCUAAUGGUAUAACAGCAUGGAGAGAAACUUUAAAUAUGAAAUUCUUUCAAUGAAGCCCACUUUACACGAGACCUGAUGACACAGCAUGAAACAAAAAAAGAUACAAUAUGUAUGUUUACUCAAAACUUGGAACACAAUUCAAUUUCAAGUUUAAUUAAAAAGGAAAGUACAAUUUCCUAAAUGGAUCAGAAGCAGCCAGGAAUGAUCAAAAUUGUGCUUCUAUAGGUCUUAAUAAAAGGUGAGAGACUUCACCAAAGGUGACAGUGAAAGCAAUGGAAUCUUGAGUAAUUUUAAAUUUUUGCAGUUUAAAUGUUUAAGCUAACGUAAAACAAAUAGGAAAUAUUAUGGGAAAAGUCAAAAAUUGAUUGCUUAAUGGACAAAACUGUCUCCCAGCAUUUUAUGCCACUGUUUUAAAAAAAACUAUCGGCCCAAAAAGCAAACAAGAUAUAAAUAUUUCAAAAUAACCUUACAUUAUUUAUAAUGAACACAAUUGAAAUAAUAGGGAUUACUGAAUAUCAGUAUCAUUGAAAUUGUAUCUGACUAAUCAAGCAAUCACUUCUCCCAACUGUGUAAAUGUUCUAUAAAGCACAGAGUUUCCAAAUGAAUACACUGGAAAAAUGCCCGCAGAACAGAUUUAUUUGGAAUUAAACUGGGAAAAUAGCCAUACAUGAGAUAUGGGUUGGUGGAAUGAGAUGGUGAAGAAUGUUGGAGAGCAUUCCUCUUUACAUCAACAACUUAUAACAUUCAGUUGCAAACGCAGUUCAACACAAAGUACAAUUGAGUAUUUUGAACUAUCAGGAAAUGGUCUAGAUGAAAUCAUUGAACAAGCAUUGAAAAUAAACCAGAAAAGCAGUUCAUUCAACAUGACUCACAAGGGAAUUGAAGGAUUUCUUUUCAAGAAAAAAUAAAUUCUGCCGUAAACUUUAUACUUGGAAUACAGGAGGAAUGAUCACUCUCAGCAGCAAGAAUUGAGACUGCUGAUAAACAUAAUGACUAAUUUGCAAUUAAUCAUUGCUACUAUAGCUCACAGGAGAGAAGAUAUAUAUUGGAUCCAGAAGUGAAAGACAACAAAAUGGACUAAUAAACACAAGUCAAUGUAGCUGAGCCCUGAGAACUGAUUUCUUAAAUUUAUGAUGACUAGGUUACAUAUGAAUCAAGAUUCCCAUGUAGCAGAAUAACAGUGCUGAGAAUCUUUCUCUCCCAGGAAUUCUCCAAAGGUUGAAUGAAAUUGUACAAUGUAUUCAGAUCAAGUUUGCGUUUAUUUAAACUUCACAUACUCCAAGAAAGAGGGAAAGGGAGAGUGCGGGUGGAAGUGAGUUCAGGGGUGGGCAAGGGAUGGGAAAAGGAGAGGGCAAGUUAAUAUUGUUCUUUGUAACACAGGCAGGCUGAUGGCUGAAGUUAAUAGAAAUGUUUGAAUGCUAGAAGAAGUAGCAAAAACUGCUUUUCAAAGAAAAUUGCAUUCAUCCAAAACAGAAAUGUGUCAAAUUCCUUGCAUAUUCACUGUCAUGAAAAUGUUUGAAUUACUAUUUAUGUGUGAAUAAAAAUAUAUAAAUAGUAAA